AUGCAUAUGUUGGAGGAAUUGACGGGAACGAGUAAGAAUGAGUUACUCGACUUGCUGAACAACAUCAACGCGGACGAGGAUCUGAAGAUGGAGGAUCGUGAGGGUACGCCUGGAGGCCUCAAGCCAACAUUGAUGGAGCACCAGAAGGUCGGGUUGACGUGGUUGAAGAAAAUGGAAGCGAGUAAGAACAUGGGAGGUAUUUUGGCGGAUGAUAUGGGGUUGGGGAAGACUGUGCAGACACUUGCCUUGAUCGUGGCGAACCGGAGUGAGGAUGAGGCGUGUAAGACUACGCUUGUCGUUGCGCCGGUUGCGUUAUUGAGGCAGUGGUAUGACGAGAUUAAGGAGAAGACGAAUUGUAAUCCGAGGUUGAAGGUGUAUCUGCAUCAUGGAAAUGACAGGCGGCACGUGCAUUGGAGGGAGUUUGCGCGGUAUGAUAUUGUGUUGACGUCGUAUAAUCUUAUCGGCAACGAGUGGAAGGCGGUGCAGAAGUACGAGGAUCGUGUGUCUGAACUACUAGAGGCUGCCGAGGGUGCGACUUUGACGGAGGGCCAAUUGCCCCUUCGGCCAAAGGCUCCAUUCUUUGAUGGUACGUGGUAUCGUAUCGUACUCGACGAAGCGCAGAUGGUGAAGAACUCGAACACGAAUGGUUCCAAGGGUGUUUGUGAUUUGAAGGCAAUGUACAGGUGGUGUCUAAGUGGUACCCCCAUGCAGAACAGCGUCGAAGAAAUGCACUCCUUAAUCAAAUUCUUGAGGAUCAAGCCGUACAACCAGGCUGACCGUUUCCGGAGGGAUUUUUCGCGUCCCUUGAAGAACGGGUAUACCUCCGACAAGAAAGCUGCGAUGACCAAGUUGCAGACGUUGUUGAAGGCAAUCAUGUUGCGUCGCACAAAGACGAGUACAAUUGAUGGGAAGCCGAUUUUGCAGUUACCUCCCAAGACGAUCGAGAUGGUGCAUCCUGUGUUUAGUGAGGAUGAGUUGGACUUCUAUAAACAGCUCGAAUCGAAGGCGCAGGUGCAGGUUAGCAAGUACCUCAAGGCUGGUACAGUUGGGAAGAACUACAGUAACAUCUUGGUGUUGUUGCUGCGUCUAAGGCAGGCCUGUGAUCAUCCUUACCUUCUCGGUGACCGCGGCUCCUCGAUCGACGAGUUGGUCGAGAUCGAUGAAGAAACUGCAAUCAAGUUGGCAAAAUCUUUGGCGCCGGACGUCGUUGAGAGAUUGUUAGCUGAGGAUACCUUCGAGUGCUCGGUGUGUAUGGAAUUACCGCAGGAGGCGCUUGUCAUUCAUCCUUGUGGUCACUUCUUCUGUCGUGAGUGUAUCGUGUCGAUCUGUGAGACGCAGAGUGCGGAGGCUAUCGCUGCUGGUGAUGAAGGCAGGAAGGGCAAGUGUCCUACGUGUCGUGGCGUGCUUGACACGAAGAAGCUCGUUUCGCUCAACAAGAUUAGGGAGAUUCAUGGUUCAGCUUUGGGUAGUGAAAGUCAGGCUAUGGAUGAUUUGCUUGGCUUGAAGGGCGAUGAUGAUGACGAGGACAACUGGGGUUCGCAAGCGGAGGAGAGUGACGGCGAGUUCGAUGACAUGAAGCCUAAGAAGAGCAAAGGCAAGGGCAAGGCGAAAGCUGUAGAGCAGCCGAAGAAGAAGAAGUCUAGGAAGAACCAGCAUAAGGAGUGGCUCGAAGAGAUCAAGAAGGCCGGGAGUUGGUACUCUUCUGCGAAGAUCGAUAAGUGCGUGGAGAUUCUCAUCGAGACCAGAGGCAAUGACUACACCGAGAAGUCCAUUGUCUUUAGUCAGUUCACCUCCUUUUUGGAUCUCCUCGAAUUUGAGCUUUGCAAGCAUGGGUUUGAUCCGAUCAGGUAUGACGGUAGCAUGAACGCUGGACAGCGUACCGCUGCUAUCUCAGAGUUCAAGCAGUCACACGAGAAGACCAUCUUUCUCUGUUCCCUGAAAGCUGGUAACGUCGGUCUGAAUUUGACACAGGCUUCCCAAGUCAUCAUGCUUGAUCCUUUCUGGAACCCAUAUGUCGAAGACCAGGCAAUCGAUCGUGCUCACCGUAUUGGGCAGACUCGUCCCGUCAAGGUUCACAGGCUUACGAUUCAGGGUACUGUUGAGGAGCGUGUCCUUACUUUGCAGGACAAGAAGAGGACGCUUAUUGAGGCUGCGUUCGAUCCGCAGGCGCUCAAGAGUAUUGGAAGGCUCAAUGUCAGGGAGCUUGCUGGGCUGUUUGGUAUCAAUGUUUAG